AUGAACAAUUAAAAACUCCAUGUCAAACAAUCCUUAGUAAAACUGACUUUACAAAGAAUAUCGAAAGAAAGGAGAGAAACAUUUCUAAAUCAAAUUAUAUAAGUAAUAGUUAAAUAUGAUUUCCCGGGAAAAUUUUAGGAUUUGGAAAAUUAUUUCAUAUCAACUCUAUAGUAAAUUAGUUAAUUUGAUAAUGUGGUUUCACAUCCAAUAUACGAUUUCGUAAGAACAUUGAAGUCUGUCUAAAAAGAAGUUUCGAAAAAUAGACUAAAAUUUUAGUGGCCUUUAAAAUCUUGUAAAAAGAGUUUAGCCAAAAGGUUUUACCCAUGUUUACACAUCUAUGGAAAUAUGUAACCUAAUUACAAUUUUAAGAUUUAUCAAAAAGUUCUUAAAUUACUUGUAAUGUAUUGCUUUAAAAGACUUCCUAAAAAUUAGAUUAAAUAUUAAGCUAUUUAGUUAUGCCAUUUCAUUAAGAGGAAGACUUGUAAGAAAAUUAAUAUCUUUAGACAAACUAUAUCAGACAUUUUUAAAGUUUUACUACAGAAAGCAACAGAAUUCUUAAAAGUACAUCAAAAUUCUGAAAUUAUAAAAGCUCAUUUAAAAACUUUGAUUUCUAGCUUAGCAAGUUUAUAAUAAUUAUAUCCGAUUAGCAUUGGCUAUUCACUUUAGGACUACUUGACAAUUUUAUAAAUUAUAUUACAUUAAGUUGAACCUGAAAAUCGAUUGAUCAACAUAGGGUUGGCAUCAUUAACAAAGAUUUUAUAGACUCAUUUUUAUUAUUGUUCAAAUGAAUAAUUCAAAGCAACUAUUCCUUAGCCAAAAUCACAAGUUUAUAUUCAAUUAAGAGAAGUGUUUUUUAAUACUCACAUCAUAUUCUUUUUAGAAAGAUUAAUCGUUAUUAAUUCUUCAAAGAGAAAUUCUAAUAUCAAAGAAAUCUUAGAAAUUGAGCAUGAUUCAAAGAGCAAAACAAAUGAUGAUAAAGAUGAAGUCAGUGAAUCAACCUAAAUUUUAUGUGCAGAAUGUUAAGAAUAAUUGAUAAGUAGAUUUCCUUAAUAAAUAUUGAGUUAUAUAAUAGAAAAUACUUAGUAAUUAAUAUCAACAAAUUAUUCAGUCAUUAAAACUGAACUUUUAGAUAGUUUCUUUUCACUUUUUGGAAAGGCUAUAAAAAUUCAAGAAAAAUAGAAAUUGCAAACCUUUUCUUUCAUGCCCAUUUUAAAUUAUUUAUUUUAGACUGAGAAUCCAAGAAAUUAUUAUAGAUAUAUUAUGUUAGGAAAAGAGUUUAUUUCAAAAUUUUCGCAAUCUGAGUUUGAGUAAUUUUUUGAACAAACAACAUUAAUAAUCUUAAAAUCGGAUGAUAUAGCAAUUAAAAUUGCAGGAUUAGAUUGCAUUAAUUAAGCCUUCGCAAUAAAAGUAAAUAGAAUUGAUUAGACAACUUUGAUAAAAUUAGGACAAAUUGUUUCUGUAUUACCCAACGUAUUGAAAGAGGAUGAGAUAUCCCAUUAUAUUUAGAUUAUUAAUGAUUUUCUAUAUCAUUUUAUGUAUGGUUCUUUAGUAAUCUCAACAGAUUUUGUAAUAAAUUAGUUAUUAUAAAAUGACUGUUUAAUUAUUUUGUUUAACAUAAAAACAAAUUUAUUAGUUGUAAAUUUUUGUGAAUUGUUUAAAAAGCUAUUAAUUAGUUUUCCUUUUGGAAACGUACCAGAUUAACUUAUUUAAUUAGCAAUAAUAUUUAUUACUCAAAAUAUGUAAAGCAAUCAUCAAGACAUUUUGGAUUUGUAUUUAAAAUUACUUUAUGAAUACAAUAAAGGCGUUAAUCAUAAUACCACAGGUAUUUUAUUACAAGAAUUAUUCUUGAAAAAUGAAAAUAUGUUGUUGUAAAAUCUAGAGAAUUAAUCAAUUAAAUGCUUCAUUUUAUUAAUGAUAAACGAAAUGAUACUAUUAGAUUUAUUACCCAUAUCCAAUAAUUUAUAUUAAAUGUUGGCUUCAUUAAUGAUCAAAGCAUAAACAAUAAGUGAUAUUGAAUAAUCAGUAGAAAUGAAAAAUAAUUGCCUUAAUGUGUUGGAAACAAUAAUUUUAUAAUAAAUAGGUAAAAUAGAUGUUACAUGCUAUGGAACCUUGAUUAUUUAUUUAAUAAAAGAAUUUUUAGGUUUUCAGUAAAUUUAACUAAAAUCAUUUCAAUUUGUUGAAUUAAAAACUCGAGUGACUAACAUUUUGAAUAUAUUUUUCUUUAAAGAGGAAGCAUAUUUUUUGGAAUUUAUAGCAUCAAAUUUUCAAAAUUAUGAUUAAUAUUUCAUUUAAUGGCAAGAAAAUUCAAUCAAUAUCAUAAAUAAGGGAAAUAAAAAAUUAAACACAAUUACUACUUUAUAUUUUUUAAAAUACAUUUCUCAACCUACAUUAUAGAGUUUUAUAGAACCUAUAUUAAAAGAAAGUUUAGUUGAAAUUUAAUAUUUUAUUGAUUAUUAGAAUGAAGAAUUUAGAGAAUAAUAAAUAAAGAAUCGAUUACAGUACCACAGUUUUGAGAAAGUAAGAUUAAGUAAGAAUAGAGAAAGCUUAAGAAAAGAGGAAUUGUUUGAAAGGAACUUACAUUAUAAUAAACUAAAUAUCCAAUAAUUAGUUUUAGCAACUAUAAAUUAAGUUAUGACUUAAUUCAAACUGUAAGGAAUGUAAUAGAUCAUUUAAGAUUAAUAUUUAUUAGGCUAAUUGAACUUAUUAGUUGAUGAAUGCUGA